AUGGUGAUACUGCAACUAAUCGGCCUUAUCGUGGAUCCGCUGCAAAUAUUUUGGGUUCUGACGAACAGCACUUAUUUAGUUACUAAAUUCAUCAAAACAGGGGUCGGUGACAAGAACGACUUCCCACUCUAUUUCGAGAAAGUUAUCUAUGAGGUGGACAUCAACGAGAAUGUGGAAAUCAAUCACAACUUUCUCAACGUCAGCGCAAAGACGCACGAUGAGGCGUCCGAUGUACGAUACAAGAUCUCGAGCGGUAACAUAGACAAUGUGUUUGCCAUACACAACGCAACCGGCGCCCUGUACGUAGCCAAGGCGUUGGAUUAUGAGAAGACCAAAAAGUAUGAGCUACGGUUGACGGCAUCGGAUAAUUUUAAGGAGAACUACACCACCGUUCUGAUCAACGUACGCGAUGUAAAUGACAAUCCGCCGGUGUUUGAGAAAUCGUCCUAUCGCACACAAAUCACCGAGGAGGACGAUCGAGGACUGCCGAAGCGUGUGCUGCGGGUUACCGCCUCGGAUGCCGACGUGGAGCGGCCUAACAACAUCAUCUACUUUCUGACUGGGGCUGGUAUUGACAUCGAAAAUCCCUCCGACAGCAACUUUGACAUCAACAAGGCCACGGGGGAAAUAUUUGUGCUUAAGCCGCUGAACCGAGAUCCACCACACGGACGAGCGUCUUGGAAGUUUACCGUCUUUGCGCAAGACGAAGGAGGCGAGGGUUUGGUGGGCUUUACGGAGGUGCAGAUCAACCUGAAAGACGUCAACGACAAUGCGCCCCAGUUCCCGAACGGCAUUGCGUAUGGAAACGUGACUGAAAAUGGCACCAUCGGCAUGUACGUGAUGACAAUAAAGGCCGAGGAUUAUGACGAUAUCAACGAAGGCACUAACGCGAAGGUGAUUUACUCGAUCGAGAAGAACGCGAUCGAAGAGGAUACUGGUUUGCCGAUCUUCGACAUCAACCUGGACACAGGAGUCAUCACGACAGCGGUAUGCUGUCUCGAUCGGGAGAAGACACCCGAUUACACGCUGCGGAUAGUGGCUACUGAUGGCGGAGGUUUGAAGGGUACGGGAACGGCUUCCAUCAAGGUAAAGGAUCUGAAUGAUAUGCCGCCUCGGUUCACCAAGGACGAGUGGUUCGUCGAGGUGGAGGAAACUGACGGUAGUGUGUUGCCCGAGGCACCGAUAUUGACCGUAACGGUAAAUGAUGAUGAUGAGAUAAACAAUUUCCAGUAUAAAAUCAUUGAAAGCAGCGGUUACGGGGCGGAUAAGUUCGCGAUGGUAAAGAACGCGGACGGUACGGGGAGUAUGAAGGUGGUUCAGUCGCUAGACUACGAGGAUCCGAUGCAGAUAAAUGGCUUUCGCUUUCGGAUACAGGUUAUCGAUAACGAUGAGAUUGACGAGAGUGACAAGUACCACGUUGACUAUUCGUGGGUGAUUGUGAAGCUGAAGGACAUUAAUGAUAAUACGCCACGCUUCAAGAAGCCACACAUUGAGGCGGCGGUGUAUGAGAACGCGGACGUGGGCAAACACCUGGGCACCUUCAAGGCGGUCGACAUUGACAAGGGCGGAAAGAGCAAAAUUACCUACAGCAUUAACCGUGCUACGGACCGGAAGCGUCAGUUUGCCAUCGACCAGGAAGGUACGGUGACGAUCCAGCGCGAGUUGGAUUGGGAGGCGAUGGCGAAACACUCGCUCGAGAUUCUGGCCACCGAUGACGGUGUACCGCUGCGCACGGCCUCCGCCAUCUUGACCGUACUGGUGAAGGACAUCAACGAUAAUGCGCCGAUAUUCGCGGAAGAUUAUCGGCCCAUUCUGCUCGAAAACUCACCGCCGUCGAAGAUUAUCGAAAUCUCCGCCGUUGACAACGAUGACCGGCUUGAGGGCAACGGGGCACCGUUCCAGUUCCGCAUGGACCCGGACGCAGACGAUGUGAUUCGGACGUCCUUCAAGGUGGAACAGAGUAACAAAGGUGACGGUAUGGCGAUCAUUUCAUCGCUCGGCUCGUUUGAUCGUGAGUACCGCAAGCAGUAUACCAUUCCGAUCGUUAUCAAGGACUCGGGUACACCACCGCAAACCGGCACCAGCACGCUGACGAUCACGAUCGGUGAUCUGAACGAUAACAUCAUGCAGCCCGGCUCCAAGGAGGUGAUCGUGUACAACUACCAAGGUCAGGCGCCGGACACACCGAUCGGGCGUGUGUUUGUUAACGAUCUCGACGAUUGGGACACCUCGGACAAGCUGUUCUACUGGGAUGAGGCCGAGAAUCCACGCUUCAAGCUGGACGACACAUCCGGCAUGGUGACGAUGCGGCGCGGUGCACGCGAGGGACGCUAUAAGCUGCGCUUCAAGAUCUAUGACCGCAAGCAUGCGCAGGAAUCGUACGCCAACAUGUCAGUGGUGGUGAAGCACAUCUCGUACGAGGCGAUCGUCAACUCCGGCUCGAUCCAGCUGUCCGGCAUUACUGAUGAGGACUUUAUACGCAUCUGGAACUAUCGCACGCAGAACAUCUUCCGCAGCAAGCUGGAGCGGUUCCGAGACAAGCUGGCGGAGCUGCUGAACGUGGACGUGAAGAAUGUGGACGUGUUCAGUGUGCAGAUGAAGGACCGGUCGGUGCCGCUGACCGAUGUGCGGUUCGCCGUGCACGGCGCGUACUUCUACAAGGCGGUGCAGCUGAACGGCGUAAUACUGCUGCACAAGGAGGAAAUCGAGCAGGAGGUGGGAAUCAACAUCACGAUGGUAAACGUGGACGAGUGUCUGCUGGAGAAUGCAGACUGUGUCGGGUCGUGCACCAGCAUCAUCGAGGUCCAGACGAACCCCUGCCUAGUGAAUGCGAACAAAACUGCCUUGGUUGGGGUGCAGAUCAACUCCACAGCGGAGUGUGUAUGCAGCUCGCGAGAGUACAAGCAGCAGCAGACCUGCAAAUCCCAUCCCUGUCUGAACGGUGGUCGCUGCACCAAUUCCAAGUCGGGUAUCAAAUGCUCGUGUCCACCAGGCUACACGGGGCCUCGCUGUCAGCAGGUCGUGCGUAGCUUCCGCGGCAGUGGCUGGGCCUGGUACCCACCGCUCGACAUGUGCGACAAGUCGCAUAUUAGUGUCGAGAUCAUCACAACGAAACCGGACGGUUUAAUUUUCUACAACGGACCUAUCACACCACCCAAGGAGGAUGACACUUCGAAGCAGCUGUCUGACUUUAUUUCACUUGAGCUUGAGCAGGGCUAUCCACGGUUUCUCAUCGACUACGGCUCGGGUACGCUAGAGUUACGCAUCGUGACCAAAGAUCCGCUCAACGAUGGCGAAUGGCACCGGAUCGAUCUGUUCUGGGACACGGAGCAGGUAAGGAUGGUGGUUGAUUUUUGCAAGACGGCUGAAUUCACCGAAGCCGACGACGGCAACCUGGCCGAAUUUGUCGACCACACAUGCCAGGCGCUGGGCAAGGUGCCGCAGUUCAACGAAUAUCUGAAUCUCAACACGCCGCUCCAGAUUGGCGGUGUGUUUAGGGACAAGUUUGAUUACACGUACAGCCGCUGGCAGUACAUGCCGGUUGGGGUCGGUUUCGAGGGGUGCAUUCGCGAGUUUAAGCACAACGUAAUUCUAUACGACCUCUCCCACCCGGGACUAUCUAAGGGUAGUGCGCCCGGGUGUUUGUACACGCAGGAGGUGUGCGAUCUAAAUCCACAGGUCGCCCGGUGUCUCGAGCAUGGCAAGUGUGUCAGUAGCUAUGACGAGGCCAAGUGUGAAUGCAAUCCCGGAUGGACGGGCACGUACUGCAGCUUGCCCACCACUCCAACCACGUUCAAGACGCACAGUUACGUGAAGUACGCGCUCAGCUUCGAACCCGACAAAUUCACGACGCAGAUUCAGCUGCGGUUCCGCACGCGCGAAACGUACGGCGAGCUGUUCCGCAUCAGCGAUCAGCAUAUGCGGGAGUACGGCAUCAUUGAGCUGAAGGGCGCCAAGGUGUACUUCCGGUAUAGCUUAAACACGGGCCAAGUGGAGGAGCAGGAGGUAGCGUUGACGGUGGUAGAGGUGGACGACGGACAGUGGCACGAGGUGAAGGUUCAACGGUACGGUUCGGCGGCCAUCUUGGAGCUGGACGGUGGUGAGGGUGCCAACUUCAACCAAAGCUUCUCGUUCGACGGACAUCAGUGGCUGUCAGUGGACAAGCAGGAGGGUGUGUAUGCGGGCGGCAAGCCAGAGUUCAAUGGCGUCAAGACGUACGAUGUCAAAUCGGACUAUCAGAAGAGUUGCAUCGACGAUAUAAGAUUGGACGGUAAAAGCUUGCCACUUCCGCCAGCCACCAACGGUACGCAGUGGGCUCAGGCCACGAUGGCCAAGAACAUCGACCGCUACUGUUCCUCCAACAAUCCUUGCCAGAACGCGUACUGUCCGGAUCCGUUCGCGUGUGUCGACCUGUGGAACAAGUACGAGUGCGCCUGUGGCGAUGGUAUGAUCAUCUCACCGGAAGGCAAGACCUGCAUCGAUCGGAACGAGUGUUUGGACUAUCCUUGUCUGAAUGGAGGCACUUGCAUCAACCAGGAGCCGCGCCUGAAAUACAAGUGCAUCUGUCCGGACUCGUACUGGGGCGAGAGUUGUGAGUUUCUGAAGGAACGACAAGCGCUUAAAUCCAGCACCAGUGCCUUGGCCGCCGUAAUAGCUUGCAUAUUACUUAUCAUAAUUUUGUUGUUUGUUUAUUUUUCCUGCUCCCGGCGUCGUUCAGCAAACUUCAACAAGAAGCCGGCCACCAAGGACGACAUCCGUGAAAACAUCAUCAACUACUGCGACGAAGGUGGCGGCGAGAACGACAUGACCGCGUUUGACAUGAAGACACUCAAGAUCCCGAUCGGUCCGCUGCCAGAGCUCGUUCAACAUAAUGCAUCGCCAGUACGUCCAGAUAUUGCCUUCGUAUCCGACCAGGUCGUCAGCAAGGUGGACGUGUUCCUGGACGACCGGAAGCGACGCAUCGACAUCGACUCAGCCUCCGGGCCAUUCGACGAUCUGCGUAACUGCGCCCACGAAGGUUGUGGGAGUACCUCUGGCUCACUAAGUCCCUUGCAGUCAGGUAAAGCAAAAAAAUCGUCCAAACCCAUAAUAAUCUUCCAAACCUGCCCCGAACAGCACACGACGAUAAACACCUAAAUUGUCCUCCCUGUUCUUACUGUUCCACCGUAAGUACGGAUGAUGAACCCCAUGAGUCUAGUUUUUUAACCACAUGUGGUCCCCAUUUCGAUACAUUUUUCAAUAUUUAAGAACCAAGCAAAGCGCAAAUCGAAGAUGAAGAUGUCAGUUAAGAGUAGCUGUAUCUGUCGCAGGUUCUGUAGGUAUUUUAUUCCCGAGGUGGACAAGAAACGAGAUAAGCCAAUUCGCCGUAUAUGAAGCACGAUUUUUGAUAGUUUUCUCACCAGCGUUCCGGGGAAACAGUAAAUAUUAUUUGUAAAAUAUUCCAUUAAAAUCCAUACUUACAUGCUAAUACCCGCUUACGAUGCGGGCACAAUCGUUCGAGCCUAAAUGAAAUUGUAGCAUUGCACUUUUGCUCUUCACCAGUUCGCAGGAAAACGAUAAAUUGCAAAAGUGAUGAGAGUGCAUAGUAACAGAGCAAUUUUAAAUCGAAAUUUAUUAACCUUCAAUAGAUGGUACCGUAUGGCUGCAGACAAACGGUGCAACACGCAGGGUUGAAUUGCCCAGAAAACAAGAGCAUUAAAUGCUUACUAUAAUUACGUAAGGUGGAGCAUCAUUGUGACGAUUCCAGUAAUUGUCAGCCGAUAUACUGUAAAUAAUGCAAGUAAAAAUCGAAUCUACAACCCGCAUGUAUCAUGUAGACACGUACUAGUUUCCAGCCAUUAGCGACACUGUAAAAAACCGUAAAUAUUUCUUUUUGAAAAGACAAACUGGCGGAAGAAAACGAGUUCCCAGAGCAGAAAUUACAUGGAUGGGAACUAUAAAGGGAUUACUAGUUAAUGAGGUCAAAAGGGUGUUUAAAAAAACAAAUUUUUAUCGUCUAUUUGGAAAGGUGAGCAAAGCCAUAUUGCCAUGUUGGUAAAACGCAUCCAGAAAAUGAUCGAUCAAUGUUGAUCUGGUGAAAGAAAACCCUCGCAGUAAUAGUACGAUGUAGCUCAUCCAUCAAACGGUUAAAAUUGUUUGCAUUUUUUCUGUAAUUUUUUUCGUUACUUCUAUCGAACAGACAAUGCGAUAAUGAGAGAUGAAAACUCUGCUCAAUAGAAGAAAGUCCCAUGAAACCUUGAAAUAGUAAAACGUCGUACACUCCAGUAUUCUUAAUGCAUGUGAUGAACUCGUCACUAUGGGGUAAACGCCCUUCCGGAAAAGCACAAAACAAUAUCCAAUGAAAAUCAAAGCUGAAACCAAUAAUCAAACGAACCUACAUACGCACAUCAAACUCAUCCACCGUGGACAAGUUACAAAGCAAAAACGUACUAACCAUCCCCCCAAAACUGCCUAGCAUUCUGCUUGUUUGAUAUGGUUUGGAAUGAAAACUUUUAUGAAACACGAAAGAAAGCAAAGACAUUGACAAAACCAAUCCCAUAGCAAGAAAGCGCAAUUCGGGUAAAUUUCGACAGGGUUCGUUUCGAUUUUGUUUCUUUCAUUGUUUUGGACGAUGUGUUCUUAAAUAGAACAAUUAAAAAAACAUUUUGUCUUUGCAUGCUUUUGGUGAAGUCAAUCUGAGCGUUUAAUAAAACCAGCGCUGGUUGCUUUUUUUUUUUCAAAGCAAAAGUCUAUUCAAACAUCUUCCACUGUUUGCUGGGAAACUUUAAAACUAUUGAAUCCUUUGCGUUGAGCUCAAAAGCUUGAUGAAAAUCAUCUGUUUUCGUAAGGAUCAAUAGUUUCAUUUUGCUACGGCAAGACAGCCAUUUUUUGCACAAUAUUGCGCGAGUAAAUAUUGUUUUCAAUCAAUUACGGUGAUUGUUUCCAUCUCUAAAACGAAGAUGUAAGCAAUACGGCCUUUUUGGACCGUUACUCCUGAAUAAAAAAAAAUAAAAAAAACUAAGAUGCGGUAAAUCAGAUGCAGGGGCGUUCGUUCCGGCGCUUCAGAUGUGCUAUACUAGGGAGCUUCUAUUUGCCAAUUUGAGAAGCAUUCAUUGAACGAGUUGCAAUGAAAGAACGUUAUUAAAGUGCAGAUUGCAGCAUUUUCAUUUCGCUCCACAAUCCUAUGCGUCCGAAAGGCAGAAAUGCAUCCCGAUGUUACAGCGGAUAUUCGAUGAACAAAUAGCUCACUGAUCGUUGAUAAUGUUUGGUAAGCGAUUAAAAGUACUUCCUUCCGAUUUAGAUUUCCUACAUCUUUAUUCCAUCGGAGCAUGCAUUUACAUAUUUUAUAAGAUUAUUAAACAGUUGAGGUUGGGUAGAAGGUUGGGAUGUUGGGUAGAAGGUGUCAUAGAUUUAUACAGCUUUUUUUUGCUGUGCGGGUAACUGUCGAAAAAUAAACGAAUUGUUGAUUUUCAAGUUGUGGUGAUUCAUUCUUCCAGCAAUGGUAUUUGAUUUAUUGUUGUGGUAAUUUAUACUAUCGCCUCAAUCCGAUCGUAGUUCAUAUGCAAUCUAUCUACAGUGAUUGUUAAGGGCUAGCAUUGGAAUUUUUUUACGGUUUUUAGUUAAAUACUGUCACCUGAUAUUUGAAAGGAUUGUUAUUCAGUUGUUCAGUUAUUCGCUGAAACAAGUUCAAACCCAUAUUGGAUACUUUGGAUCUGUCAGCUAGAUAGGUAAAGUAGGUUGUAAUAAAGAAAAAUGAAACAUGAAACGGUCGUAGUGUUGGUAAAAAGGGGAACUAUUUCGAUGAUAUUAACGAUACAAACAUAUUUACUUAGCAAGUACAGUUGAUUCGUCUAAUUGUGAAUGUGUGUAACCGAGAUGGAGUGAGUUGUCACAUACAAUACUAGAAAUAAACGAUAAGUGUAUUUCGCACCAAAAAAACGAAAGCAAAAAUAAAUCAAAACUACACCAAUUUGUCCAAAUGAUAAUCGACAAACAAAAAAAGGGUUAUGUUUUCAUCGAUCAUUUCCUUUGCGCUGAAAUGAAGGUUAAACGAAUAAAAAAGUGAGUACGUUCAAAAUCAUGGUAGUAUAUGCGAACGAUUUGGUGAAGUGUGGAAAACAAAACAACAAAAACACGAAGGUCAACUGGAGAAAAAACACAAAAAUCAAAUGAAAAAGUCGUACGUGCAUAUGUGAGGAACGCAAGUUGUAAAAAUAAGUGUUUAAUAAAAAAAACUAAUAAAUACAA